CCGGAAGUGGUUACGUGAAAGGCGUGAUGGGACAGCCGUCAUGGCGGAUGUUUUGAAUCCGCAGCUAGCAGUUAGCCGUGAGGAUGCUGCGACCGCUUUCCAGUCUGUUUCUGAGUCCUGACGUGAAGCUGAAACUGGUUCGCGCUGGUUUCCAGUUCACGGCCGACCUUCUGCACCUCAGCCCGCCUGAACUCAGCGAAGAUUCUGGAGUCUCCCAGCAGGAGGCGCUGGAGGUGUUGCAGGCAGUGAAAAGCGUUGGAGGAGGACCUUCUCUCACCGCUCUGGAGCUCCUGCAGAAGGAAGAGGAGUUCAGGAGCAUCGUGACGUUCUCGGCUCAGCUGGACCAUGCUCUCCAAGGAGGAUUUCCUGCCGGGAAGACGACGGAAGUCUGCGGCGUUCCGGGAGUUGGAAAAACGCAGCUGUGCAUGCAGCUGGCCGUGGACGUCCAGGUGCCUCAGUGCUUCGGCGGCGUUGAAGGUCAGGUGGUCUUCGUGGAUACGGAGGGCAGCUUCCUGCUUCAGAGGGUCGUGGACAUAGCCACCGCCACCGUCAGACACUGCUCCCUGCUGGCUGAAGACGCAGAGCAACGUGUUGCCUUGACAACUUUCUCUGUGGAGUCCAUCCUGGCCAACAUCUUCCUGGUGCGUUGCCAUGACUACGUGGAGCUGCUGGCUGAACUCCACCUCUUGCCCGACUUCCUGCAGGACCGGCCAAGAGUCCGCCUCCUGGUGAUUGACAGCGUGGCGUUUCCGUUCCGACGUUUUGAUGACCUUUCCCAGAGGACACGCCUCCUUCAUGGCAUCGGCCAGCAGCUCAACACCAUUGCAAUGCGACACCACAUUGCCGUGGCGACCACCAACCAGAUGACCACUCGGCUGCGAGGCAGCAAACCACAUCUGGUGCCGGCCCUGGGAGAGGGCUGGGGCCACACCCCCACCAUCAGGCUCCUCCUCCAGUGGAAGGGGUCGCAGCGGCUGGCAGCCAUCUUUAAGUCUCCAGGUCACUUGGAUGCCAGCGUCCAAUACCAGAUCACCACUGAUGGCUUCAGAGACGCUGACCAAUCAAAGCAAAUGCAGAACAAACGGACUCAAACACACACUGACCAAUCAGCUUCCAGCCUUAAAAAACCUGCUGCUGAUUGGUCAGAGACUUUUAACCAAUCAGAGGCCUUGUGUGUUUAAAGAAGUGAGUUUGAUAUUUACCAAAGAUCAGAUUCCUUUAUGUGUCCUAGUGGGGCCAUUACAGCAGAAAAGCCAGAAAACAUCUAAACAAUAAAGACAUAUUAAUCAAUA